AUGAGUCUGGGACUAGCGUUAGACAGGCAGAAGUGUCCGGCUGGCUCAAGCGUCAGACUGGCAGAAGUUUCAGCCAUUCACCAUGCCACAAGCCCAGGCUGUGCAUUACCCACCAACGAACUCUGGAGCAGUGAUUCGGACCCAUCGCCAAACCCGCGAGUUUGGUCUCCCGACUUAUUCAGCGAUUGUGAUGACCCAGAAUCGUCGCCCUCGCCACAUACUCCACAAUGCUCAGGCAUGCCCCCCGAUUUCGACCCUCGACCGUCAAGAACACGCCGCUAUAAACGGCAACCAUAUCGACUGCUAAUACAACGACAGCGGCAACAGCAGCAGCAGCAGGAUGCCCAGCCAACAUCACCCAGCUCACCAAUCAACACACGAGUCAGGUCUCCCGACAUGUUCAGCCCCACGCCAGAUUUUGAACAGGAUUUCUCACCUAAAACACCCCCAUACUUGGCGGACGAUGACGAUUCCGACCCCGAACCCACACCACCAAGAACCCGCCACUACAAACGUAAGUUAUUUUUUUUUUAA